GACCGUGCGCAUGCGCAUUCGAGGCAAAGCGAAGGAAGAUGGUUAAGAAGCGAGAGGGGCUGAGCGUCGCUCAAGAGAUCCGUGGGGUUUCUCCUGAGGAUUGCAGCUACAAGAGUAUCCCGUGCCUCUGGGGCCAUUUCUGCUCUUCCCCUGCAAACUGGGGGGCCUGGCUGGUGCUGCCGUUUGGAGUUUUUCUGUCCUGCUGAUGUCGUGUUCCUGCUCUCCAACUUACUCCCUUCUCACUUGGAUUGAUGGCCUGGAGGAGAAGCUGUCCCUCUGCAGACAAAGCAUGGAGGAGGUGGACCUUAAGCUGCGCAGAGAGGAGCUCAGUCCUGAAGGAAGAAAGUCACUGGAGAGAGAGAGAAGCCUGCUUGUGACCAAAGCUGAAACCUAUGAGAAAGAACUAAAAGUGCUCCGUCAGGAAAAUCGCAAGAACGCAGCCAUUGCAAUGGCCAUAGUACUGUUGAUUAUUGUUGUUUACACCUGCUGGACAAUGUAAUCAUGGUUCAGAACUCUCACUACUGACCACAGGGCUCCACCGCAAAGACCUCUUCCUUCUCCAGCUGAUGUGUCUCCCACCCAUGGGGCUGGUCAGCUUUUCAGACCAUUAGGCACCUGCAGUCUUCAUGGCCUGGACAGCCUUAUCUCUGGCAGCUGAGGAUCUUGAAGGCAACGGGAAGCUAAAGACACAGCACAAAUGGGGUUGGAGAGCAGACUGAAGUUCAGCUGGAGCCACCUGCUCCACAUACUGUCCUGAGGGGCCCGUGGAACAGAGACUGCAAAUUAAUUUCAGGGGGAUGAAUGACCCAAGUUCCCCUUUUCCUAGUGGGCCUUCUCUGUUCCUUGCUGUUCACUACAAGGCUUUGGAGCCUGAAAUCCUCUCUGCUCAGCCCAGGCAGAACCUGGGAAAGCUUCCCUCUUGCUGUGCCUCAACCCUGAGCUGAAGGGACCAAUCUCUAGAGCUCAAAGGGGGAGUUCAGUCAUUGUGCCCCUCUCCUGUGAUUGCCAAAAAUCCCCAUGUGUAGUAGUACCAGUUAUAGGGACACACUUCAAAAUAUCUUCCCGGUAACCUGAAGGGGGCUAGAGGAGUCACAACCUGAAAAUGGGGUCUUCGGGGUGGUGUUUUCCUGCCACUCAGCCAAAUGAACUCAGAGGGCAGGAAGACAAUAGCAGUUCCUAAACCCUGGGUGUUGGUGUGUGUCUAUGUACAGCCCCCCCCCCCCCCCCCCCGAGGCAGGGCCCAGCAAAGAGAACUGCAGUCUGAGAGGGAUAGUUCUGCGACACCAAGGAUUAAAACUCACUGGCUUAAUGGCAGGGCGCUCUGAACUCAGGGCUGAAGCUGUAUUGUUUUUUAAAUAAAGUCAUUUGAACAUAUGAAAGAGCAAAUGCAUCAUUCUAUAGCCUCCCCCUGCCUGUGCACUUCCUGCAGCUGGAAAUCCAACUAAUCAGCAACCAGAUAGCUAGUAUGAGGCUCUUCACUCAAGGCAGUGUCAGCCAGGCUGUAACACCAUGACUUCAGAAUGCACCAUCCCAUCCGUUCCAACACUGCAGGGAACAGUCUAGGCAUCAGUGGGCAGAAUCUUACUGAUUUUGCUGAAAAAUCAGAAAAAACAAAUGGGGCUACAUGGAGCCCCGGGCAUCUGGUUAGCAGAACUACCAGCUUCAAUCACCUGCAACCAUCUAUAGAUCAAAGACCUGGUUGAUGGCAGCUGUUAACACACCCCAGUACAACAACAUCCCUUAUUUUAGCUCUGCGCAGCCCCCCCCCCCACUACCAUUUAAAUACACCACCACCCUGAAAGAGGGGGAGGGGGCACACAGAGCGCCUGGCAUGGGGAUAAUAAGGGGUGGGUUACAGCAAGUCCCUGAAAUGGAGGGGUAUGGGAGGGUGGCACACAGAUGACUUGUGGGGUAGACUGGAUGGGGCACAAGGAGUCCCUGGG